AUGCCGGUGCUGGAAAAGGUUUUCUAUACGGCCAAAGGAAUGCCACUGGUGAAGCUACAGACUCCUCUUGGACUGCAACAAUUCCAAACUCACACCAUUGUUCUCUCCAUCAUGGUGACCCAAAUCCUCAAGAUCAUAAGUUUUAAGAAGUACCCACAAAACCCUGAUUCAGAAAUGAACACUGAAACCAUUUCUGAAUCUGAGUUCGCCGUUCUUGAAUCAAUAAAGCAACAUCUUCUCAAUGAUUACGAACUUUCCGAUGAUUUUUCGACGACAAGUUCAAGCAAUACUGCACCGGUUGAUGACCCGAUUUCAAGAUUUAGCAGCGAACUUUUAUCUGGGAGUUGGGUAGUAGAAGAAAUGCAGCUUAAUGUGGAUCAUUCCCUAGAAACGGUAAAAGAGUUGAUGGUGGCGCGUGGCGAUCAGUCGCCACAGCAAUGGACGAGGUAUAGAGGCGUGAGGCGGCGACUAUGGGGAAAGUUUGUGGCGGAGAUAAGGAAUCCGGAGAAGAAAGGAGGGAGAGUGUGGCUUGGGACGUACGAGACGCCUGAGGAUGCUGCAUUGGCUUAUGACCGAGCAGCUUUUAAGCUGCGUGGCUCGCGGGCUGUGCUUAAUUUUCCGCAUCUGAUCGGAGCCAAGAUGUCUGAGCCGGUCAGGGUGGCCCCACGGAGGCGGUCACCGGAGUCUCCGUCGGGUUUGUCGUCACCCGAAAGUGGGAAGAAGAGGAGGAAGACGGUGGUUGGCUUGGCGGAGAAAGCGGAGUUGGAGAGAGAGAAUUCAGUGGAGGUGUCUCAAAUGGGCACAUUGCCACCGGAGUAUCCAUUUUUACGUGACUGUUGGUGGAAUUGA